AUGUCAGGAGACGACGAUCAGCAGGAGCAGACUAUUGCUGACGACUUGGUCGUCACCAAAUAUAAAAUGGGUGCUGAUAUAGCAAAUCAGGCUUUGCGGGCAGUGGCGGAGGCAGCGAAGCCCGGCGUUUCCGUGCUUGACUUGUGCGAUAAAGGGGACGCCUUCAUUGCCGCCGAGACCAGCAAAGUGUUCAAAAAGGAGAAGGAAAUAAAGAAAGGGAUCGCCUUCCCCACAUGCGUGUCCGUCAACAACUGUGUGUGUCACUUCUCACCUCUGAAGAGUGACCCUGACUAUACGCUACAAGACGGCGACUUAGUUAAAAUUGAUCUUGGAGUUCAUGUGGAUGGCUUCAUCUCCAAUGUAGCACACAGUCUUGUGGUUGGUGCUACCAAGGACACUCCAGUAACUGGGAGGACAGCCGAUGUGAUCAAAGCAGCUCAUCUCUGUGCUGAAGCAGCUCUGAGGCUGGUUAAGCCUGGGAAUCAGAACACGCAGGUCACAGAAGCUUGGGACAAGAUUGCUCAGUCCUUCAAAUGCAUGGCCAUCGAAGGUAUGCUGUCCCAUCAGCUGAAGCAGCAUGUCAUUGACGGAGAGAAGACCAUUAUCCAGAACCCCACGGACCAGCAGAGGAAGGACCACGAGAAGGCUGAGUUUGACGUGCACGAGGUGUAUGCUGUGGAUGUGCUGAUCAGCACAGGCGAGGGAAAAGCUAAAGACUCAGGCCAGAGGACCACUGUCUACAAGCGAGACCCGAGCAAGCAGUAUGGGCUAAAGAUGAAAACUUCAAGAAUAUUUUUUAGUGAGGUAGAGAGACGCUUUGAUGCCAUGCCCUUCACCCUCAGGGCAUUUGAGGAUGAGAGCAAGGCUCGUAUGGGCGUAGUUGAGUGUGCCAAGCACGAGCUGCUGCAGCCCUUCAACGUGCUGCACGAGAAGGAAGGCGAGUAUGUUGCGCAGUUUAAAUUCACCGUGCUGCUCAUGGCCAAUGGGCCCCUGCGGAUCACUGGAGGAUCCUUCGAGCCGGACCUCUACAAGUCCGAGUACGAGGUGCAGGACCCCGAGCUGAAGGCCUUGUUGCAAAGCUCUGCCAGCCGGAAAGCACAAAAGAAAAAGAAAAAGAAGGCAACGAAGACGGUAGAAAAUGCAACAGGACAGCCGAUGGAGGUGGAGAACGAGACUGCCAAGUAGAUCCUCCCCUGCCCCCUUUCAUCAGCUAUACUGACCGACAAGAGAGAUGUCCUCCAAAUGACCCAAAGUACAGAACCUUCAAAGCGAGUCCCGCCAUGCCCCACUGAGAAGCCUUCCAGCCUAGCCUUCUGUCUGUCUACAUGCCUCCGAGUUAGCUACGAAAGACUGCUCUGGGCUACAUGUCAUCCAUGCAAGCCCAAACGGCAUGCGGUCUGAACGUCCUUGUGAUGGGCUAGUGGUAGUUGCAGGUGAACAGGCGCUAGAUACAACCUAACUGCCUGUGUUUACAGGAGGCAUGUGUUUGGGGGUUGGGGGGUGGGGUGGGGGGUUUGCCCCUCUCUUUUUACAAACUGUCACUGUAAAACCAAUCACAGAAAAUAAAAGCAAAGUGGCAGCACCGUUGAAGUAUCGUCACUGCAGUGUGCCAAUGAUUAUUUUAUACCUGAGACUCCGGUUUGGAAUAUUCCGAUUUCCUUUUGUGAUGAGUUGAUGUUAUAGUUUGGAUUUAGAUGUUCGAAUGCUCCAACUUUGGUAUGAGCUUUGCAGCAAUGUGCAACAACAGUGGAUAUGUUCACUAUAUUGUGAUGUAGUCUGGUGUUGCUACUGUCGGUUGGAACUCACUAGUCAUUUUAAUUUUCCCUGUCAAUAGAGUACGGCACUUGGCAGUUGUUUUAGUUUCAGUUGAGCUGUGUCUGAGCCUGACAGCAAAAAUGAUCAUGCCAUUUUCCUAUAAUUGUCAAAAGAAUAAAUGAAAUUGGCCAAUUUA